GUAUCUACACUGUUGUGACCGUCAGAGGGAGUAGAGAUUCUUAAAUCCAAUGCUUUGGUAAACGCUUCCGACGGUGGCGUGUGCUGCGUCUCUAAGCGGACGGUUGUUGACAGUCAGAGUUUAUGAGCAUUUUUGCACUAUAGAAUCAGAGGUUCUCGUACCUUUACAUUACGCAGACGGCUCAAUCACAAACAACCCAUUGUUACCUCUACUGGAAAGAGAUUUGUUGUACGAACAACUAGUUUCACUACCUGGAUUUAUACGGAGACCCAAUCACCGUCAACAUCGCUGAUUUCAGUUUGGGUCGAUUCAGCGUGAAACAAUGUUGUGGAAGCUAGCUGAUAACGUCAAAUACGAGGAAGACUGCGAGGAAAGACACGACGGGAGCAGCAAUGGGAACCCCCGCCUGCCGCACCUGCCUGCGGUGAGCCAGCACCUAUACAGCCCGGCCCCUUCUCUAUCACAUUCGGGCAGCUCCGACUUUCAGCCGCCCUACUUUCCGCCACCGUACCAACCGAUAUCAUACCCCCAGUCCAGUGACCCGUACGCCCACCUCAGCGACCCUUUCAGCAUAAACUCCAUACAUCAGUCCCAAUCAACUAAUCAACAGCAGUCCUGGCCUGGCCGUCAAAGUCAGGAGGGGAUCGGAAGCCAUGGCCGUGGUGGCUUAGCCAGUCAGAUCCUUGGACUUGAGGGGGGCUCCGCCGGCGUGCGGAGAGAGGCAUUCAGACGACCGGAGCUUCUGCCCCCGCACGUUCACGGCAUCGACUCAGCCGUUAUCAGCGACAAUUUAGGAUUGCACGAGAUGGCCCAUGGCUUGGACGACAUGCAGCAAGUCGACGAUCGCAGUAUUAUCGUGGCAGACCAGACUGUCAUUAAAAAAGUAUUAGGACUACGAGGUGGCAGGAACCACGAUCGCUUACAGAGGACUUAUUUUGAGGGUGGCUUUCUUGCGGGUGAGAAUGAAGGGCCCGUGUCCUUGCCGAAGGGGAACGCGCUGGGCCUGCCCUAUCAGAAGGAGUCUCUGCUGGGCAUGGUGUCCAAUCCCACAGAGGUGUUCUGCUCUGUGCCCGGCCGCCUGUCUCUGCUCAGCUCCACCUCCAAGUACAAGGUGACCGUGGCCGAGGUGCAGCGGCGGCUGUCCCCCCCGGAGUGCCUCAACGCCUCGCUGCUGGGCGGGGUCCUGCGCCGAGCCAAGUCUAAAAACGGCGGCCGUUCUCUGAGGGAGAAGCUGGACAAGAUCGGGCUGAACCUGCCGGCGGGCCGCAGAAAGGCUGCCAACGUCACCCUCCUGACCGCGCUGGUGGAAGGGGAAGCGGUUCACCUGGCCAGAGACUUUGGCUACGUGUGCGAAACUGAGUUUCCGGCCAAGGCCAUGGCUGAGUACCUGGGCCGGCCGCACGUGGAACGCAACGAAAUCAACUCCCGCAAGAACAUGCUGCUUGCCGCCAAGCAGAUCUGCAAGGAGUUCACCGACAUGCUGACCCAGGACCGCUCCCCGCUGGGGAAUUCGCGGCCGGCGCCCAUCUUGGAGCCGGGCAUCCAGGGCUGCCUGACCCACUUCAGCCUCAUCACCCACGGGUUCGGCAGCCCCGCCAUCUGUGCCGCCAUGACCUCGCUGCAGAACUACCUGAACGAGGCGCUCAAGCAGGUGGACAAAAUGUACCUGAGCUCCAGCGGCGAGUCGCAGGGCGCGUCCGACGGCGGCAAGGCCUCCGACAAAAUGGAGAAGCACCGGAAAUGAUGAGGCCGCGCCCAGACCUUCCCCUCCCGCUCGCCUCGGACCACACCGCCUCCGCGGCGUCGUUGUCUUUAGUAUUUUUCCUUUUUUUUUUUUUUUGGACCGUUGCUCUCGUUCUUUCUUUCGCGUUUCCAGGGCGAGUUACUUUGCCUUUUUAUAUUCUGUGGUCUUCCAAAAAAAACAAACAAACAACAAAAAAAAAACCAAUCUAAUUAUUUGCCUUUGGUACGUAAGGCUCCCCCCCCUGAAGAUCGAAGUAAAAAAACGAGGCAGUUUUUUUACCAUGAGGGAAGGCCGAGUUCUGCCUGUUGCGAAAAGAGACAUCCGAACGUCGUUGCGAGCGGGCCUGACCGCUUGCUCUCCUUUUAGGAACGCACCUUCUUUCAAGAGGAGUUACUAUUCCUGUGGAUUCCAUGCAGAUUCCAGUCACAAUUUGCUUGGCGUCGGUGCUGAAUUCUCGUUGGACUACAGAGGACCACAAUGUUUAGCCAGAUGGCAAUGGCUUUUUUUGUAAACUAUUAUUUACAUUUACAGUGUUAUUAUAUUUGGACUCUGGGAUUGCUAUGGGCUGAUGUGUGAACCUGUGCGUGGCCAUGUGUGUACCUGCGGGUCUGUACAUCUGUAUGUGAGUGUGAGUGUGUGUAUGCAUAGGGAGAUUGGGUACAGAUAGUUGUGUAGCUGAGCUAAGGCUGUUAACAUUUACUGAAAGGGCAGCCUUCCGGGGGAGGAGGAGGAAGAGGUAGAGGUGGGAGAGAUGUGUGUGGGCUGUGUGUUCUAUAAACUGGGCAAAAGGGGGUUGGAAAUCAUCACUCUCAUGACUUUCUUUGCGACUUGCACAACAAGGACUGAGACCAAAUAGUUUUUGCAUAAAUGUUUGGAAAAAACCAGCUACCAGCUACCAGCAGGCAUGUUCUUUCAAAGGAGUGUUAUAAUAACCCCUAGCUAUUAGGCUCAAACUUAUUUGGCAGAAGCCGUGUUUGAGAUGGUGUCCCUGUGGUCUGUUCUGAAGAGGCCUACCCCUGGCACUUAACUGAAACCUCAAGUUAAAGGCAGUUUAAAAAAAAAAAAAAAAGCAGGGGUUCCCCAGGGGCCUCUCUAGGACCUUUCUAAAUUUAGUGAACUCAUGGCCACCUAGAUUGUUUCAUGUGAAGACAUAUGCAUAUUCUAUGCAAUUACUCUUUCACUUUUUGAUAAGGGAGCACCAGU